AUGGAGCCCGUGGAACAUUCUGGAUCUGCAGGUGCGGGACGCCAUUGGACGCACGCGAGGCCUUUGGCUCUGGCUCUGGCCUGGCUGCUCAGCGGCUCGGCCCUCUCCGGCGUGUUUGGACUCACGGAGGAGGUGCGCCUGGUGGGCGGCGGCGGGCGCUGCGCCGGGCGGGUGGAGGUCCACCACGACGGCCAGUGGGGCACCGUGUGCGACGACGGCUGGGACCUGAACGACGCCCACGUGGUGUGCGCGCAGCUGGGCUGCGGCCGGGCCGUCAAGGCCACGGGCUCCGCUCACUUCGGGGAGGGGGCCGGGCCCAUCCUGAUGGACGACGUGAGCUGCAGCGGCGGGGAGCCCCACCUGAGGCAGUGCCGCUUCCACGGCUGGGGGAGGCACAACUGCAGGCACAGGGAGGACGCGGGCGUGGUCUGCACGGCCCAGGAGCAGCUGCGCCUGGUGGGCGGCGGCGGGCGCUGCGCCGGGCGGGUGGAGGUCCACCACGAUGGCCAGUGGGGCACCGUGUGCGACGACGGCUGGGACCUGAACGACGCCCACGUGGUGUGCGCGCAGCUGGGCUGCGGCCGGGCCGUCAACGCCACGGGCUCCGCUCACUUCGGGGAGGGGACCGGGCCCAUCCUGAUGGACGACGUGAGCUGCAGCGGCGGGGAGCCCCACCUGAGGCAGUGCCGCUUCCACGGCUGGGGGAGGCACAACUGCAGGCACAAGGAGGACGCGGGCGUGGUCUGCACGGGUCCCGGCUCCAGCCCCACCCUGAGCCCCCGCGGGAUUGUCGGUGAACGUGAACGCGGCUCCCCUCGGACGCCCUGGCUGCCGCCGCCUGCCUUCGGCCAGGGGCCGCCUUCCGCCGGGAGCCGGGGCCGCCUUCCUCCCGACGCCCGCCGGGGAAUCGGGCCGACGCUCGGGAGCCUGAGAUCCGAGGAUCAAGUGUGA